AACAAAAUUUUGGAUUUUAAUUUGUUUUGGUUUUGUUAUAAUUUAAUAGUAAAUGUGUUAGAGUUGGUUACUUAUUAUUACUUUGUUGUCAUUUUUUGGGUUGGAAAAGACAUAAAUACGCCAAUACAAUGAGUCAAGAUAUGACAAACGAAGAAGAAGCAACAAAAAUGUUAAUCGAACUAACAAAACUUCGCGAGUCGUUAAUUUACCAGGUAAAGGCGGCAAAAACUGAGAUUUUAUCGAGAGAAAGAAUGUCCACCACUGUUGUUGAUGAAACACAUGAGGAUAUCCAAUCUAAACUUAAUGCUGUGGCAUCUGAUGUUUUGAAAGUGAAGUCUAAUAUUAAAUGCAGAGACAACCUUCUUAAGAUGGCGGCAUUCAGUCAAGAAAUAAUCAAAUCUCUUCACAAAGAAAAGUUUGGUGUUUCUGGUGCUCUGCGUGAGAGUGUUGUCGAAAAACUUGAAAAAUUGAAUGAAAUUUCUCAAAAUAGUCUUGAUAAAUUAGAAAGACUAAAUAGUCUUGAACGCAACCAUGAGGGUGCUAAACUUAGAUUAAAACAAGCGAUGAUCAAAAACCGUGAACUCUCGGUGUUGCUCGAGCAUGCUGAAAGCAACUGUGAUGUCACAAUGAAACAAAAAAACGUAGAAAACGAGAAUUCUAAAAUUCGCUCUGAGAAAAAUAAGUUGGAAAAAGUUUUGGACGAAACUAAAUUAAGAAGAUCUUGUUUUCAAGCUUUGAUCGGAGCUUCACAGGUUGACUGGUUUAACGAUCCAGAACUAAAGGAAAUUGUCAUCUCAUUAGGAGAACCUGUGUUGUUAUAAUUUAUACAAAUAUAUCUAUAUAAAUAUUCUAUAAAUGUUUUACAAAAACUGCAAAACAUGAUUGAAUGCAAAUAUUAUUUAUUGGGUUUGGCUCGUUUUUGAUCAGUUUUAGUAUUUUUUCAAAUGUUUUUUGGGGUAUUAAAGUAUAAUGUGUGUAAGGUAUAUACAUGAAGAUAGGUUGUUAGGAUAAAUAUGACAUAAACUAAUAAACUAUACUUUUGAUAUUCCAUAAAAGUUUUUCUUACCUAAUAAACUUUAAGUUUGAAAUAAUUUUUUAACUGAAAAAAAAAAAAAAGUUUUUUCCCUUAACUUGCCCAUUUUUAAUGAUUUAGAAAACAAUUAUGAAAUUACAUAACUUGAUAAUCGGAAUUGUCGUAUUAAAGCGAAAUCAAUUAUGUGUCAACAGUUUUGCAUUUCAACACAACGUAAAAGCCAACCUUAAAAAUUUAGGAGUCACUGCCACUUUAAUACACUGCCCUUAUUAGUUAUUACAUUAUCUUUUUGUAUUUUUGGUA